GCCACCCCUGCCAGUAAUGUCGGCGAUGAUGGCGGGUGAUGCUUUUUUAGAGCGGAAGGUACACCAACGGCCCUUCGUGAUCGCUGUCAGCGGUGGAACCGCCAGUGGGAAAUCCUCAGUGUGUCAGAAAAUCGUUGAGCUGCUGGGACAGAAUAAAGUGGACCAGCAGAAGAGACAGGUGGUGAUCCUGAGCCAGGACAGUUUCUACAAGGUGUUGAGCACAGAACAAAAAGCCAAGGCUAGUAAAGGACAGUACAACUUCGAUCAUCCAGAUGCGUUUGACAACGAGCUGAUUCUUCGCACUUUGAAGGACAUCAUCAAUGGCAAGACAGUAUCGAUUCCUGUCUAUGAUUUUGUUAAACAUGCACGGAAGUCUGAGAUGGUGCAGGUUUAUCCAGCUGAUGUCGUACUCUUCGAGGGAAUUCUGGUUUUCUAUUCCCAGGAGAUCAGGGAUUUGUUUCAGAUGAAACUUUUUGUGGACACAGAUGCAGAUACCCGGUUAUCCAGAAGAGUAUUGAGAGACAUCAAUGAAAGAGGGAGGGACCUGGAGCAGAUUCUGACACAGUACACCACCUUCGUAAAACCAGCCUUUGAGGAGUUCUGCCUUCCGACCAAGAAAUAUGCAGAUGUCAUCAUCCCCAGAGGGGUGGAAAACCUGGUUGCCAUAAACUUGAUUGUGCAGCAUAUUCAGGAUAUCCUGACAGGUGGUCUGACCAAACGCAAUGGCUGUGUGAAUGGACACACAGUACCCCGCAUUCGACAUACCUCCGAGUCCAGCACACGUCCGCAUUGACACUGGCAGCACAGAGAGGAGCGAGAGUCAGUAUUGUUCAGCUCCUUGGUCACAGGGUGGACUCACUGGUGUGGAUGACCAAACUUCUUCUCUUCUCCCUCCCCACAGGCAUCUCCUGGAAGCGAGUUCACAGGGACCUGUGUCCUUGUACAGCGAUGUUUCCAGUAUACACUCAGAGUCAGCACUGUGUAUGUCUCUGACACCAGUGAACAGAUAUUGACCCUGGGGCUGUGUUGUUUUUCGAAGUAUUUCAUAUUGUGUGAUUGGGGCUGGAAAGUAGAACUCAUGCAAAACAGCCUGUUCCCUCCCUGAGCACAUUGCUGGGUUUCUGUUGUGCCCUUCCUUGUACCUGACUUGAUUAGUAUAACUCAUUUCCCUGAGAGUGGCUCCAUAACCUCUGCUGAAGGGCACUGUUGCCUGGCUGGCUGUUCAUUAUCCCUGCCUUCCCAGUGGCUGGAUGUUUGGGAGCCUGUAGUGGAACUGUCUCCCCUGCCCCCCAGGGACCCCUGGCUAGGUAUUUGGGAGCCUGUAGAGGGAUCACAGCUUGUUAAUUUUCAAAUCUAAAGUGACAUAACUUCACCUGGGAAUUUGUCUGAGCUGCUGCAGUCUGUACAGCAGUUGUUGUUGGUUUUAGCCUGAAUUCUCUGCAUGACCUGAUUUCACCCGUGUGGGUGAAUUCUCUCUAAAUAGUCCUGUCCUCUGUAUGGUGCUUGUGGUCACACAACUUUAAGGGGUGGAUAAGUAGCUUGUUUGAAACGCCAUUGGUGCUCUGACUAGUUUGUGACCAGGACAUAAUCUCCUGUUCAGCUGUAAAGCCACAUGUGCCCACAGUUUGUGUAAGUUGCUAGGCUGGUUGCGUGCUCUGUGACCCAGGACAUGUUAAUUGUUGUUUGUCAGAAUUGCUAAACACAAGCUACACGGAGUGUUGUAUUUACACACACUCCCAGUGGAGGGUGCCAUUUAUCCCCUUCAAUGCAUUUCACUCAGUCCUAAAACAACAAAAAUUAAGCCAAAAGUAAAUACUGCGGAUGUUGGAAAUCUGAAGUAAAAACAGAAAAUGCUGGAAAGACUCAGCAGGUCUGGUGGCAUCAGUGGGGAGAGAGACUGGUAACGUUUCGAGUCCGUAUGACUCUUCAGAGAAGAAAAAUUAAGCCAAUAUGACCUAGAUAUUGACAUCAGGGAAAGAUAAUUACAACAUUACAGCGACACACUGUAAAAGUGUUUUAUUGGGAGCUCUUGAGGUUGUGAGAGGCACCGUUUAAAUACUGGUUUGUUCUUAACCUACUGGCCAGCAGGUCAAGAAGAGGAGCCCACUCUACCAUUGAGAGAUCAUGGCUGAUCUGUACCUCACCUCCAAACAUCUGCCUUGACUCCAUAUCCUUUAAACCCUUAAUAGCAAAACUCUUGGUGUCAGAUUUUACAUUAUUAAUUGAACCAGCAUCUACUAUUUGUGAAAGAGUUCUUCACUGUGUGAAGAAGUGUUCCUAAUUUCUCUCCUGAAUGGCCUGACUCUGGUAUUAAGGGUAUGAGUCCUUGUCCUGUAUUCCCCUACUAGCAGGAAAGGUUUCUCUCACUCCUAUUACUUCCUUUCAAAAUCCUUUAAAUCAGCCUUUAACCUACAUUCCAGGGAAUACAAGCCUACUUUAUAUAAUUCUUCAAGAUUAUAAGCCUUGGAACUCUUAACAUUCUGGUGAAUUUGUGCUAUAUGGGACAGUAUAUCUUCUCUGGUGACAUACUCCUCCUCUUGCUGACAGCCCCUCCUCCCACCCUGUCCCCGAUUUCAGUCUUCCACAUUGCUCUGCAUGUGUGGGGUAUCAUUUUUAGUUCAUUUGCCUUUUGGGUGCCUCCCUGCCCCAAGGGCCAUUACUUAUGUUCAGCCUACACAGUAUUGGAAAGCGAUGUUGUGGCUGAGCCCAGCCCUAACUAGCAGGGAUUCAUUGAGCAAUGAAGCAGGAGCCCUGGUUAAUUUAUAUCUCCCUGACCAGGACUGCUCAGCUCAAUUGUAGCCCCAUGUGCUUUCUUUAUAAAUACAGGUGCUCAGCUAUGCUGAUUGAAUCAAGAGGCUGUUAUCUUUGACCACAGCUGACAUGUGGCUGAAUCCCACCCUGCAAAUAGGAGACUCACCUAGGGCCUAGGACCUCCUUGGGAUUUCUCUCCUUGACCCACGGUUACUGUGGGAAUGUGCAAUCUAUGUAUCAUUGCCUUUAACAUGUCACUCCUUAAAUAGUUCUCUUCAGUCCCACGAUAGAGUGUGUCAGUAUGAUCUGAGUGUUGAAAUAAACACUUUGAGUGCAGGCAAGUCCCAAGAUAUGCCCUGGGUCCUCCUAAUAUCAGCCUGGGUGGGUUUGGACAUUUAACUGCAACUAAAUAGUUACGUUAAGAUGCUGAGAUUCAGAAAGUGAGGGUGUAACGUAAAACUUUCAAAGUUCACCACAGGUUAGACCUCUGACUUUGUCAUGCAAAUUAAUCACUGGUGGAAUUCUUUAUCUGUUUGUUUUAACCCUGAAAUGUACCUGUUAUGUUACAAGUGAGUCAUUGCAUAACCCAUUGGGUAAGGAAACAGAUUAAAAUUCCAACAGAUAAGCAAAACACUGCAGAUGCUGGAAAUCUGAAAUAAAACAGAAAAUGCUGGAAAUACUCAGUAAGUCUGGAAAUAGCUGAGGAAAAGUCACCAGACCUGAAAUGUUAACUGUUUCUUUCCACACAUACUGCCUGACCUGUUGAUUAACACCUGAAAGUGGGAUAUUGUGCAGGGUGGUGUUUGGGGGGGGCGGGUGCUGUGCCAAAUGCCUUUAGUGGAAAUUUAGUUUUUAGAAUGGAGAGGGGUGUCAGGAGCUCACUCUUUACUGAUGGGGCCUUGAGUCUUGAUUGAUUACAGUGCUGUGCUUUGAGGCAUUGUGCUCAGACUGAUAGUGUUAGCCCACCCAUGUGGACAUGCCUCUCUCUCUCCAAGCCCUUUCCAGCUUCACUGAUUGAAAGCUGUUUCUGUAUUGUUCUGCUGUUGAAUUCUGAGGUAGCAAAUGAACACAGGUUGAGACACCAUCAUGGUACUGUUGACACAUCACUUAUUAACAGCUGGGAGCCUGCUGAAACCUCAUUUCCAUCCCACCUUGCUGUAAACAUGGGUUCCUUUGUGAGGGGAGUGUGGGUGCUGAGGGUGAGAGGGUGGUAGAGUGGAUUUGAGUGAUAUAUAAGAGGAUGACCUGUGCGAAUUUGACAUGAUUGGUUUUCCAGCAGCUUCUGAUGUGAGAUCACUAAUCUGCUUGGCCUUGGUCAAUGCUUUUGCACUUGAUGCCUAUAACUUGAAAUAAAAUUUAUUGAAUAAAAUUGUAUGGGUAGGUCGUGCCUGUGGAUGAGUAAUGAACACUGGCGUGGAGAAGAGAGCAAACUCUGAUAAUGUUCUGGGAUUUGUGUGUCUGUUGGCUGCUGUGAAGGAAGGAGCCGAAACUUGUGUUCAUUCCUAUCAGAUGUUUAUUUUUAGUGUGUAUAUAAUUGAAUAAGUAUUUAUAACAGUCAAUAAAGAAAUGAGUCAACUCUGAA